CUAUCCAGCUCCAAUAGAGCAAGUAGAGCCGCUCGUGUGCAACCAACACCACCACCUCCUCCACUGAUUCACAGACUUCAAAUUCCCCCACAAGCAGCCCAUCAGCUUCCACAGUGAUCAGAUUAAUAACAACAAUAGCCCGCGAUCACACAGGAGGAGAUAACCGUCGCUGCUCGUCCUCCGCGGGAUACUUGGAUAGCUACAGCAACAGGAUCCAUCCUCUCUCCUUUUUUUCACACCUGUGUUUUCCACUUUGAGAACACCCGCUGUAUUUUUUUUUCUUUUUCGUGUGUGUGCGUUUAACUACUUGGAUACCUGCGCGUUGUCCUUUUAUAAAUGUCGGACUGAAUAUAACUGCUAUGACAGGGAAACUAGCGGAGAAGCUCCCUCUUACCAUGAGCAGUUUAAUAAACACGAUCCCUGACAGUCUCUAUCCAGAAGAGGACAUCCCGACGUCUAUGAAUAUUUUCACCAAUCCGGAAUCUAUUACCCACUAUUCACAGAUGAACACAGAUAAUAUCAUGGAUCUGGGCAUGGGAAGCGAGAAGGCAGCUGCAGAGAUUCAGUAUGGAUCCAGCUUCCAGUCCAACCGCAGCGGGCAGACUGUCACUUACCUGGGGAAGUUCGCCUUUGACACUCCUCCGUCAGGUGGGAUUGGUGGCUCCGGCUGGUGCUCUGACAACAAUAUCAUCAGCCUUGUCAGUGCAGGGAUCUUGGGCGUUUCUCCGUCACCCGGCACGGUAACGACACAGACAUCAUCCUCCGCAGCCAGCAUGGGUGGACAGACGUCAGAUAUGGAGCAGGUAUAUGGUCCACCACUGCCUGCCUAUUCCACCUGCAGCGACCUGUACCAGGACCAGGUCUCCUUCCACCACAGCCCUGCCACCAGCACGGCUCUAGCCUACCCUGGCAAUGACUAUCACUCCACAUCAAAAGCCUCCAUGGAUGGCAGCCUUUUCUCCAUGAUCCCUGACUACAACCUUUUCCAUCAUCAGGGGGAGGUUGGCGUGAUGGAGCACAAGCCCUUCCAGACCAUGGACCCCAUCCGAGUCAACCCUCCACCCAUCACACCUCUGGAGACCAUCAGAGCGUUCAAAGACAAGCAACAGAUUCACCCAGGUUUCAUCGGCGGGCAGCAGCACCCUCCUCAGCACCACCCACCACCACAGACUCUCACCCUCAAACCCAUCCGUCCAAGGAAGUACCCCAACCGUCCCAGCAAAACCCCCGUCCACGAACGGCCGCACGCCUGUCCAGCAGAGAACUGUGACAGACGCUUCUCACGCUCAGAUGAGCUCACACGUCACCUUCGCAUCCACACAGGUCACAAACCCUUCCAGUGCCGAAUAUGCAUGCGCUCCUUCAGCCGGAGCGACCACCUGACCACACACAUCCGCACACACACGGGCGAGAAACCCUUCUCCUGUGAGUUCUGUGGACGCAAGUUUGCCAGAAGUGACGAGCGAAAGAGACACGCAAAGGUUCACCUCAAACAGAAGGACAAGAAGCCAGCUGACAAGAGCAGUGUGGCGGCUGGGAGCCACAGUUCGCCACCCAGCUCCUGUGGGGGGCCCACAGUGGGAACGUCAUGACCGUCACUACAUGCACUUGGACUGGACCCUCUCAAUGCCCCAUAAAGAGACUUAGGAAGAAGGGAUACCGUCCACAAUGAGAUAAAUAGGUGACUCUUUUCCUCUCUUUUACAUCUCACUGCUCUUUUUAGUUCCUUCUAUUUUGAGAUGGAUGCCUUUAGUCUAAGCAAGAGGGGAAAGGCUGCUAUGCCCUUCUCUUUCAAGUAACUCAGAGCCUCAGCUACUGUAACACAGUGCCAACACAAAGAAGGGCACCAUGGCACAUUCUGUCCAAAAGGCCACUGUGUGUCUAUAGGUUUUGUGGUGGAUACACUUUUGUAAAUUUUACUGAGAAUUUCUAAAUUGGAAGGAAGCCAGAAUCCAUCAUGGGGGUCAAAACAGACAAAAUUAACAAGGGAGCUUAGUGAAAGAGUGAGCUGUCUGGGAGGUAUGCAUUAAUUCUACUAGGCUGUUUAAAAGUGCAAUUGGUUCUAAUUGUGUACUGUCAUGGAUACCUUAUUGGUGGCACUUGACUGUCUUUUUGUUAUUGUUGUUUUUUUGUUUUUUGUUUUUUUGUUGUUGUUGGUGUCGUAUUUUUAUUUUUUAUUUGAAUGUUGUUUUCUCAAAAAGAAUGUGCCAAAUGUAUUGUGGUGAUACAGCCAACCUUGUUCUUAUUAUUGUGCCUGACAUUUGCCAAACAUAAAAGUGGUAUCAGCUUAGCACACAUGUUGAGUUUAAAGUUCCAAACAACGUAUCUCAGAUUUAGAUAUGUCUGCACAAUUUGGUUAAAUCAAGAUGACGACUGAACUGGGUUACACAAAGCAAACGAUGUCUUAUCCUGUAACCUGUACUGACGAAACAAACAUGCCUGCAGCAAUCAAUGCCUUUGCCAAUACUUAUUUAUUUGUAGUCACUGAGAGACACUGUGUAUUUUUGUUGCCUUUUUAUAUGGUGGAUUUAUGUGGUGUUACCAGAUAUAAAUUCUGUUGCUUUUUUUUUUUAAAAAAAGCUCACCAAUACUGUUCAUUUUUUCAGUUUUCUUGAGUUCUGCAAUUAUAUGCAAUAUAUUCAUGACAUAUGCCACCAACCGGUAAAUUAAAUUAACUGAGAGCACAGUUAGACAGACUGAACUACUUAAAUAAAUGACACUGGGUUGCAAGACCAGCAGUAUAUGAAAGCGAAAAUAAAUAAGGAUUCACACUGUAAAAAGACUAUAACUACUUGGUUUGAGGUCACCAAAAGACGAGCAGCAUUAUUGUAAGAGAAAAAUUCAAGUGUCCAAAAUCCAUGUUUACAUGUUUUUCUAAUACAGAGAGACUGAGACUGAGUUGUAAAGGAGUUGUUGUUUUUGUACAGUACACAAACAUGUAUGCAGGUAGCUACAGUAGAAGUUUCACUUUUGUACUCAAAUGUCAGAUACACCAUAGCUCAGUAUUAAAUUGUGCAUAUAUGUGCAUGCCCCCAUGCACACUAUGUAAAUACAAAUGUCUGCAUAAACAAGAAAUUUCAAUUGACUGAAUGCUUGUGCGGAAUGUGUCAUAAAGCUUUUAGUAAUGUAGUUAUAAUAAAGAAUAUUCUGUUGUCAUA